GCCGCCGCCGCUGCCUAUUUUAGUCACGGCCGCCGCUCCGUGCCCGCCGCGGGGCGCGCUGCCGGCAGCGCCGAGCAGCGGCAGCUCCACGCUGUCCCUGUCUUGUCCCGUCGCAAGCGGCCGGGAAACUUUUCCCAGGACGCGAGGCAGGAGUUUCCAGGAUGAAUACUACAGCAAUGAGCCCACUCACUGUUACUCCACUAAGUUUUGUUCCAGAGUUUAAAAAUGCCACCCUUGAGCCUUUUAAUGAGACUGCAUGUGAAAACUGGAAAGAGAUUCAUCAUCUUGUUUUCCACGUGGCAAAUAUUUGCUUUGCAGUUGGACUGGUUAUUCCAACUACUUUGAAUCUUCAUAUGAUUUUUCUGCGAGGCCUGCUCACCAUAGGAUGUGCAUUGUUCAUCAUUUGGGCUACUCUUUAUCGCUGUGCGUUGGACAUAAUGAUCUGGAAUUCUGUGUUUUUGGUUGUCAACCUUUUACAUUUCAUAUACCUAGUGUAUAAAAGAAGGCCGAUCAAGAUAGAGAAGGAACUUAGCAGCCUCUACAAGAGAAUGUUUGAGCCUCUCCAUGUGCCUCCAGAGCUCUUCCAAAGACUAACUGGACAGUUCUGCAACAUUCAGACUUUAAAGACAGGGCAAGCCUAUGCAGCAGAAGAUAAAACAUCAGUUGAUGAUAGGCUAAGCAUCCUGCUGAAGGGAAAAAUGAAGGUGUCUUAUCGAGGGCAUUUUCUGCAUAAUAUUUACCCCUGUGCCUUUAUAGAUUCUCCUGAAUUUCGAUCAACACAGAUGAACCGGGGUGAGAAAUUCCAGGUCACCAUUGUUGCAGAUGAUAACUGCAAGUUCCUGUGCUGGUCCAGGGAAAGGCUGACUUAUUUUCUGGAGUCUGAGCCAUUUCUUUAUGAGAUCUUUAAGUAUCUUAUUGGCAAAGAUAUUACAAAUAAACUCUAUUCGUUGAAUGACCCAACCUUAAAUGACAAGGCUUCAAAAAAGAUUGAUCGCCAGCCUAGCCUCUGCUCUCAGCUCUCCGUGAUGCAGAUGAGAAACAGUAUGGCCAGUACCAGUGACAGCGAGGAUGGCUUGCAGAUGUUUCUUCGUGGGACUUCCUCUGCAUCCUCUCUUCUGACAGGUCCAGCAGAGUGCCUUCCCUAGUUGGCUCAGCGAUCACUUGUAUGAAGAAAUUUUCUGCUGCGUUCCAGAAGUCUCCUGGACUGCUUGCUCCCAGCCCCGUUGCCUUCCCACCAGACACUGGGGUGGUUAAAGUUCCCCACAAGUACAAGGCCUGUGAUCCAGUUGUUGAAAGGAGGCUUCCAUCUACUUGCUCUUCUGGAUCAGUCAGCCUGUAGCAGCUACCUGCCAUGGAGUCUCCUGUGUUGGUCUGUUCUUCACCCACAAACUCUUGAGUGGCUUUUCACCUGUUCCACACACAGCAAAGUUCCAUGAAAUUGAAGCCACUCCUUUGCGUAGAGAGCCCUUGGAUGAAUCUGUGCACUCAGAAGCCUGAAAGAAGUUGUAAAACUGUGUUUGUGCAAUUAGUUAGAAUUAAAAUGUCUUUUUCAGGCUUAACAGCAAAACACAUCAUUGUUUCAGCUUUGGGAGAAAGUAGUUGAAAUGUAUGACAUGUUCAGCUGUAAUUAAGUAAAUCCCCAAGAUGCAUUAGUGCUUAGCACAUACUUGAUAAAUACAGUUUUCUCUGUUGUAUUUUCCUUGGUUUGUGUACCUCUUUUUUUGGUGUAUAGGGUAUACUUCCCCCAGAAGAGGGGUUUAAAUGUCUUUUGUGUUCUGAACUCACUCAGUCCAACUGAGGCAGCAGCCUCCUGAGUUCAAUACUUUCCCUUACUUUUGGGGAGGCAAAGGGGUUGCCCAUACAGCAGUGCAGUAUACACCUCAGGAAAUAUCGUCAUUUAUAUCUUCUCUGCAUUUUGAUUUUAAAUUUCUGACUUCUGUAAAAGGUUGAUAAAAAUUCAUAGUGCAGGUUUAUUUAUCUCCUUGAACUGUAAUGCUUUAAUUUUUUUUUUUUACCAAGAUAGCUUGUUAGUUAUUGCUGGGCACUGUCACUACCAGUGAUGGGCUUGCUACCAAGGUGAGCUCUGCUUAAAGAUUUGUGUUCAUUGUGGAUUGUGGCCAUGUGUACACAUUUUCUCAGAUCACAGGGAAAACCAGACAAAACCCCUGCCAUUUACCUUAGCACUGUGUUCUCAAAAACCUUUU